AUGAGGCCUCUCCUGUUCACUCUCUUCCUCCUUCAUUCCUGCCUCCGUGAAGGAAAUAGCAACCUCCCAGAGGACCUGACGUUGCUGAAGACUGAUUUUGCACUCCGCCUCUACCAGAGUGUUGCAGAAGACAGAAAUGGAACAAAUGUUGUCAUUUCUCCUGCCCGCGUGACCAUCCCUCUGGAGAUGCUGGAGUUUGGAGCCCAAGGGAACACUGGCUGGCAGCUGGCAGAGUCCCCAGGUUAUACCACCCAGGACCAAACGGUGAGACAAUUCUUGCACGCUAUUAAUGCCAAGCUACCCAACUCCAGGCAAGGCACCAAGAUGGAGCUGGCCUGCACCCUUUUUGUGCAAGCAGGAAUGUCGCUCUCCCCCUGCUUUCUGGAGCAGGUCUCCUGGUGGGGCAACUGCAGCCUGGAGCCCGCCAACCUCAGUGAGCCCAACAGCACCACCGUCCAGACCGAGGACUGGGCUUCCAGACAGAGCGCAGGAAAGAGAAAAAUUGUCCAUCUCGAUGAGGACAUCUUGGUGUUCAGCAACGGCUCGUUAUACACGAUUCUGCAGCUAAUAGGUACGAACAAGCAGGCUACAAACCCAGCUUUGGGGUUGCCUCGGUGCCCUCAGAGCAUGAACGCAGAUGUCAGUCACGCAGCCGCUCUCCUGCUUGCAGGUGAAGGCCCAGGGGGCUGGACGUGGGACCGAGGUGGAGCAGCAUUUGCUCAGCUGGUGCUUGUCGGCACCAUGUCGUUUCAAAGUGCUUGGUGGCAGAGAUUCUCCUCCACAGACACUCAGCUCCUGCCUUUCACCUGUGCGCAGGGCUUUGUCCUCCAGGUCCCCGUGAAGUACCAAAUGGCCGAGGUCAGCUAUGGCCAGUACCAGGAGCCUGUGGGCCAUCAGACGGAGGCACUGGCGCUGGCUUAUCUGGGAAGUGCGAGUCUACUCCUGGUGCCGCCUCGUGACAGACACCCCACUGAGCCCCAUCUCACAGUCAGCAUCAUCCACAUCUGGACCAGCCUGAGGAGAGCCAGGACGGAAGUGUUCCUGCCCAGAUUUAGGAUCCAAAAUCAUUUUGACUUAAAAAGCAUUUUAAAUUCUCGGGGAGUCACCGAUCUUUUUGAUCCACUCACUAACUUGAAAGGAAUUUCAGGCCAAGAGGAAUUUUAUGUUUCUGAAGCGAUCCACAAAGUCAAGAUUGAGGUUUCAGAGGAAGGCACUAAAGCGCCUGCAGCUACACCUCGACUAUUACUGAAAAGGUCUUGGAUUCCUAUUUUUAAAGCAGAUUGACCAUUCAUCUUUUUCCUGAGAGAACCCAACACAGGUAUUACAGUUUUUGAUAAAAUUCCGAUAAAUAUUUAUCAGCAUCUCUCUAGCAACAAGGGCUCAUUUGUCCACUGCGGCCUAAAUCAAGCAUUCCCUGUAGCUCGUUUCUAUGGUGCUUCAGAAGCUUCCCAGUUGCUGUGUUGUAUAACUGGAGAAAGGGGAAUAUUUUGUAACUACAAAGGAAACUAAUAUCCUCUGUGGGGUUUUUAUUCCCCCCUUAUCUCUCAGCUCAUUUGUAGUUGAUGUAGAUUUUAAAAGUCAGGUUUCUACUUCUGGUGAGACUUAGAAAAAUCAUGCAAGUAAAAUAAAUGAUAAAUCCUUUUUCCAUUGUUGCCUAACUUUGGCAUUGAAGGAUAAAAGGUACUUCCUUCAGACCACUAGAGUAGCCAAGUAGUGGUCCUCUGACACUCAGCAACCCUAAUAUUCUAACGAAUGCACCUGGAUUUUACUUUUUCUGUUGAUCUUUCUCAAGCUUGCUGAAAUCACACAAAAAUCAAAUGUUUGCCCUUGUUAAUUUUAAUUCCCACUAUACCACCUCGACCUAAAAACCGGUAUGUUAUAGGCAACAAGCUUUCAGCACAUCGAAGGACAAGCAGAAGUCCUUUAGCAUCAACUACACUGAAAAAAGUAUUCAAAUUAUUCUUCU